AUGGAUCCCCCGACCGCCGGCGCCCGCGACCUCCCGUCUUCCGACGAGAAACCACCUACGUGUUGCGAAAUUUGGGCAAGGAUUACCGCAUUAGCAGUGUUUAUUGCAUGGUUUAUAAUAUUCGAUAAAGUCAUCAUGAAGACUACCUACCCGACUUUCCAAAUCGAUUCCCUCUCGGUUUUCGUAACCAACACGACCAACAAUAACGAAAGCUCUCGGGCCACGGCCCAAUGGGACUUAGGCUUUUCGCUCGAGAAGCUUCACGACUAUAAUUUGUUGAAAGAUCUAAGCGCUUGGCUCCGGUGCACGAGCACGACUUCCGAAUGGUCCGGAAAAUCCGGGAUUGCCCUUCACAAGGAACUCGGCCACAAGGCUUUCGGGAAUGUGAGCUUCGACACUCCGUGGGCCCGUGAGGGUUUCGAGUCGAAAGGGCUCGGGUGCGAAUUGACGUUCAAAGGUAAUUACGAUGAUAAUGUGAUCACGGCCGAGUGCAAGAAUGUGACCGUCGCUGUUGUGGGUGGCCACCGUGGGAUCAUGAUCGGAGGGCCCAAAUUGUGUGGAAAAACUAAACACAAAGUGAUACGGUUUUACCAUUAG